AUGAACGAAGGUAUCAAGGACGUGGUCUUUGAGGUGCUUGCUGGCUUCAAUCGCCUUUCAAAAAGUAUUCAAGAGUCCGAUGACACCUCGCUUCGAGCAUCACUCCCUCCGAAGAUCGACGAUGAGCUGGCUCGAUUCAAAGUCUGGGCCGGAAAUAGCGGCGCGCACCGAAAUGGUCGAGCUUCUCUCGAGCACCGCCUUUGCGAAGCGUCUCAUGUUCGACAACAGGUCCUAAGGCUCCUGAACGGCCUCAAGGAUUCUCUCGAAGACGCGGCAGACAUCAUGAACGGAAAAGCCACUCCGUGGGAGGAGAUGGAAGACGACGAAGAGCCCCUAGAUGAUCUUGAGAUGGAGACAGAAAUGGAACAAAUUACGCUGGAUAUUACAGAGCUAGUCGACUGCCUCCUCCGUCUCAGUGUCUCUAUCCAGAACCCGGCACCUCAUGAUCGCUUCAUGUCUUCCACUUUUACAGACGCAUCCGCGUAUGAGGACUUCGAUAUUCAACAUGUUCAAGCCAAGUUCCAAGACAUUGACGAGAGCCUUGCACAGCGUCUGGGCAAAGCCAUGUCUCGAAGGCGCCAGUACUUCAAGUAUAGGGAGGCCCAUCAUCAGAAGCUUUCACACGGUUUAGACCGCCACGGGGACACAGAUAAAACGGAGCCAACACUUCCCGCUCCAAGCACCCUUGCUUCAUCCAUACCUCUACAGAUGAAGCAAGAGGCUCUCGCCGACUUUUCAGGAGACGAUACUCAAUCAGAGGGAAGAGCCUCAGCGACGUCUUUCGCCACGUCUGUCUCAGGCCCAAAGACACUGAAAGUUCCACCAAUGCCUAAAGACGCCCUCAAAGGACCGUUCAUGUGUCCCUUUUGCUAUCUCAUUAUUUCUGUGCAAGAUACUAGGGCCUGGAAGAAACACGUGUUUCGCGAUCUUCGACCUUACAACUGUCUGGCCCUGCAUUGCACGGCACCAGAUCGAGAGUUCUCAGGACGGAACGAGUGGAUGCAACAUAUGUUGCAAGAUCAUUUAAGAGUGUAUCGCUGUCCAUACGGUUGUCCAGUCAACUUUCCCUCUGCAGCGGAGUCUAAAGACCAUCUGCUGAGAGUCCACAAUGGAGCAGUUCCUGAAAGCAAAGUCGAUGGCAUCGUGGAGUUGAGCUCUCACCCCCUCGCACAAGAUGCUCAUACGAAUUGCCCAUUCUGUCCGGCAAAGUUGAAGACGCUGAAGGAAUAUCGGCGACAUGUCGGAAAUCACCAACAAGACCUCGCUCUAUUUGUCUUGCCCCACGCCGAUUGUGAUAACGAUGAUACUCAAGAGAGUCUCUCACGAAGCGAAUCUGGUACAGGCUUGAGCGUUCGCGUUCUAGAGCGAGAAACACUCAACAAGACGUCGCUACAAGACGGUUUUGAGCACCCUGGAUCUGGCUCCGGCCAUAUUGUUGGCGGACUCGAUAAUCCCAUCGCAGAGCUUGGUUCUGUAAAAGCAAAGGCCAGCGAUCGAUUUUUCGACUUAGACGACCUUUCCAAAUGCGUACAAGAAGAGGGUGGGUAUGCGACAGUGACGAAGAACAACCUUUGGAAUGACGUUUGUGCAUCCCUCGGUGUAGACAGUGAUGAAGAGACUACAGUCAAACGCACUUACGCAACGUAUCUACUGGAGUAUCAAUAUGACUUGGCAAAAGCCAAACUUCCACAUGGCAAGAUUCCGGAGCGAUUCGAUUCUGGCAAGAACGUAGAAGCACUGGUCUCUACUUCCGAGAAAAACACAGCAAUACACAGGACUUCCUCGGACGUCGAGUCUUCUCACUCUAUUGAGUUCUCGGGCGACAUUCCCGCCGAGAAUGAUCAGGCAUUCGCCUCUGUGGGACGCGUUACAGACAUCGACACCAGCCGACAGAAAGCAAACAUCGUCCGCGAGUUAGCGGUAGAGAAUGGGAGAGAAGCAGAGGAAGAUGAAACUAUCGAGACCGGUUUCUUGGACGAAAUUUACGACGCCAAUAUGUCGUGGGAGAGCUCUCACGACGCCCACGCCAUCGACAAUUCUGAGUCGAAGCAGAUCGAGCCGGCCGUUCGAAACUCCCUCGACCACUCAGCGGGUGGAAUCAUGAGUCCUUCGUCCCUUUUCGACAGUAAGUCGACCGCCUUUGGCACAGAUGUCUUGGACUACUUUGUGUCAUCGGAACGGCUAUCACAGGAACACGGUCAAGCUUUGGAGGGGAACCGUCCAAGUUCGGCCAUGGGGAUCAUCACAACAUCUCAAUCUUUGUCUGCCUCUGCGUCGUACGACGAGCCGUCCUCGGAAGACUUUGAAGAGAAGAGUGAUUCUCCCACCAACUAUGAGAAACAAUUCAACUCUGUAAUACCGAGCUUGCAGAGACAACAGUCCUUUGACAGUGAUAAAGGGAACCGGCUAGCUCAAAGAACGUUGAGAAGGGCGAGCGACGACUCGUUUGGUAUCGUAAUUAGCACUUCGAGGGGACUUACAGAAGACCGUUUGAAGUCUCUCAGCAUUGAUGCUGACCCGGGUAAUAAGCGUCGAGCAUCCUCUCCGCCAGAUGCAGAUAAUGUCCCUGACUCCGCGUCCCUCAAGUCGGAGCCCGUAACGAGCGAAAUUAGAGCUGGAAGCUCUCAAGUCUCAUUAGCAGAGGCAUUGGGUGAAGGAAUAGAGGCAGACAACAAACGCACAAAAGCAAAGGUGCUCUACGAUUUCACUGGAAUUACACCGAACGAACUCACGGUGGAACGCAACGAUCUUGUGGACAUCCUGCAUCAGGGUGACAAAGGUUGGUCAUUGGGGAUGAACGAGAAGCAGCCGGGGCCUGCCUGGAUACCUACUGCUUACGUCGAAGAGCAGACGACUGCUACAAAUGAACAAUCUUCUGAUGAAAGCAAUCACGCAGAAGAGAUUCCAGAAGCCCAAGAGAAGCCAGAAAGACAGAGUCGUCCAGAUAUUUCCGCAGCUGAAGUCGACGAAGCUGUUUUAGAGGAGAAAAUCCCGCAGCCGCCAAACUUUCAGCACACAAUGACGAGACCCCCCACCUACAGAACACCAUCCACUGCUGAUGAUGCAAAGGGUUCCAGGCCUCGAGCGCCCGUCAAGUCAGCGCAUGGGCCCAUAUGGAGAGACGCAUUGAAAAGGUUCAGCGAGGACGUUUCGCGACGAGGCCGAGGCAGAGAGCCUUUGCCAGCACAAUAUUCACCACAAACUUCCCUUUUUGAGGCUCCGAACGUCGACUCUCCAGCCCAGUUGAAAUCGCACCUUGCAGCUGGGUUUCAGAGGCCACAACAUUUCCGAGAUUUUUAUGAUGCAGGCUCUGUUGAGCCCUUAACUGGCGAAACCCUCAAAAGGUCUCAGAGAUACCAUACCAGCUUCUCCAGCGAUGGUGGCCGUUCCGAGAGAGAUUACCGACAGAGCGCCUCGACACGGGCAACGCGACGUAGUGCUUUCGAAGACGAGAAUAUCACCAUCAAAGUGACUGGUAGUGCAGUCCUCAAAAUUGGCAGCGCCGAAAUCCAGUGCCAGGAUGACGGUGAAAUCAAUAUUAAUCAAGAUAGCAGCCCUGGUCGUAGCGGAAGCAUUAUCGCUGAACCAAGCCGUUCUGAUCGUGGUGAAAGUCCACCGAUCCGAAGGCAUAGCAUUACAAUAUCGGCCAUUGAGGGCUUUCCUAGCGACGAAUUUACGGCACCCACAAACGCAGUGGACGAGAAUAUAGAGGAUGCGUCUGAGAAGAUGCGCAACUUAUAA